AUGUUUGGUGCCCAGUCAGUGGGUGAUGCCCAGUCAGUGGGUGAUGCCAUGUUUGGUGCCCAGUCCCUGUGUGAUGCCAUGUUUGGUUCCCAGUCCCUGUGUGAUGCCAUGUUUGGUGCCCAGUCCCUGUGUGAUGCCAUGUUUGGUGCCCAGUCAGUGUGUGAUACCAUGUUUGGUGCUCAGUCAGUGGGUGAUGCCAUGUUUGGUGCCCAGUCAGUGGGUGAUGCCAUGUUUGGUGCCCAGUCAGUGGGUGAUGCCAUGUUUGGUGCCCAGUCAGUGGGUGAUGCCAUGUUUGGUGCCCAGUCAGUGGGUGAUGCCAUGUUUGGUGCCCAGUCAGUGGGUGAUGCCAUGUUUGGUUCCCAGUCCCUGUGUGAUGCCAUGUUUGGUGCCCAGUCCCUGUGUGAUGCCAUGUUUGGUGCCCAGUCAGUGUGUGAUACCAUGUUUGGUGCUCAGUCAGUGGGUGAUGCCAUGUUUGGUGCCCAGUCAGUGGGUGAUGCCAUGUUUGGUGCCCAGUCAGUGGGUGAUGCCAUGUUUGGUGCCCAGUCAGUGUGUGAUGCCAUGUUUGGUGCCCAGUCAGUGGGUGAUGCCCAGUCCCUGUGUGAUGCCAUGUUUGGUGCCCAGUCAGUGGGUGAUGCCAUGUUUGGUGCCCAGUCCCUGUGUGAUGCCAUGUUUGGUGCCCAGUCAGCGGGUGAUGCCAUGUUUGGUGCCCAGUCCCUGUGUGAUGCCAUGUUUGGUGCCCAGUCAGUGGGUGAUGCCAUGUUUGGUGCCCAGUCAGUGGGUGAUGCCAUGUUUGGUGCCCAGUCAGUUGGUGAUGCCAUGUUUGGUGCCCCCUUUCUCCUCCAUAUUUACCAUUUAAUGAUGUCAUGUACCAGGGGCAGCACUGUGUACUCUUCUUCCUCCUCUUCAGGCGCCUCGUCCUCCUCUUCCUCCUCCUCCGGUUCCUCGCUCGGUCUCGGGGGCCCCGCAGUAGCCAUGUUUCCCAGUUUCUUCCCCGGGAACCGGAAGCCGUACGUCACACGGUCAGCGACACACAGACACAGCGCGGGAUAG